AUGUCUUUCACUGACGCAAGCGAGUCCUUCUUCUUGGACGCUGCGGAGAGCACCACUCGUCCAUUUGUCCAAAUCCUCCCUCUCAAUGAUACCGCGGUGUUCGAUUAUCUCGAUGCUCAUCCGGACGUCCUGUCCAAAUACUUGAGAGAGCGCUCUGACUUGUCCCAGUACUUCCGCAGGACUUCUGCACAAAACAACAAUACCCACGGCGAGCCUGCCUUUGAGAAUGCGACAAGCCCUACGGUAUGUGAGCAAGCGGCCCUCGAAGCAUCAGAUGACGUCGUACAAGAAUUUGCACGGCGACAGGCUAUGGUGAUUGCACAACCACUCGAUGAAGAGGGUGACGUUUACAUGGACUUGUACAAUGAGGGAGCAGGCGACUGUUGCGAACAUGGCGGACAGCAGGACCACCACGAACACCAAGGCCACCCCGAGCACGAGGAUCUGUACGAGGAACACCGUGAGCAGGAUGAUGACAGUGACAUUGAUAGAGGCGAGGACAGCAAUGGCGAUGAGGACGGCUCCUGGAGCAACGAUGAUAGUGAGAAUGACAGCGGUGGUGAGAUCAAUGCCAACGCCGUCUCCAACGACGUCUCUUCCGAAGCUGGGCGUGGGACAUCCCUGAGCAACGCUCUCCCCACACCCGCCUCUGACAACGGUGGUGAUGAAUGCGACGCCGAACACAACGACGAUGAAGAGGAUGAGGUUGAGGAAUUGAUUCCAUAUCCCGCCCCUGCCUCUCUUGUUGCUGCCUCUCUCCUGGAGCCACCGACCCGGACCUGGGCUUUGUGGGAACAAGAGGCGUGUAUCCGCCACAUGCUCGAUAUCGACGGCGAGCGACGACUCAAAGGGGAAGCACGAUUUCGAGAGGCGCUACGACGUAUGCAACUCCACGACGGUGUCAGGCGAACUGGGUACAGCGCCGUCAAGAAUUUCUGGAAUCGGGUUGGCCGUGCUCGCUCGAGGUUCGACGAACGAAGAAAUAAGAAAGCGCCGCUGGCAACAUCGAAGCAAGGAUCGCGAGCAUCCCAUAGAAGGAAUGGUUAG